GAGUUUUUAACAAAAAGUUCAUUGACAUCUGAAGUUAUUUCAAUUCACUAUACUCAAAUUACAACAAGUCAUCGAACUUCACAUCCUAUACAUUGUAAGAUGAAACUUUUUCAUUACUACAUAAAGAAACAAAAGGAAGAGCAACAUAUUUUUGAAGAUAAUGCUGUUUUCGUGACCGAUACUUGGGCUGCUCCAAAUGCUCGAUAUCAUGAACCAACAAAAGGUAUUGGUUUCUGGGAUCCUCUCAAAAAGCAUAAUUUAUUGGUGUAUUUGAUUAAUGAAUGUAGAACGAACAAUUGUUGUCCAGAAUGCCACAGCAUGAGUUUGUAAUCUUUCAAACGAGUUAUAAACCGAAAACCUUUCAGACAACAAACAAAUGUUUUAGUUAUUAGGCAUGGUUUAUUAAGGGGGGGUUUUUUUGUCAAUACACUAUGGUUAAUACCAGUGCUGUUCCUAACAGUGUACUUUAUGUCUAUCUUAUCUGGAAAAAUUAACUGCAGCAAUAAACUCCUUUAAAUUUCUUUUAGUUCUUCAUAGUGGUAUCGACUUAUUUAAAUCCCCUUUAUUGAAAAGAAGUACGCC